AUGAGUGAUGGCCCCAAGAAGGGACAAGCGUUGUGCUCCCAAGUUCAGCUCCGUGAACUCUACCAACUAGAUGGAGAAGGGAAGCAGACGCAUAGGAAAGCCACCAAUUCCACUGGCAAGAAAAGGAGGAGACACACCCCCAGCCAGCCCAUCAGCCCCAGCCCACAAGCCACCUUGGAAGAGGACCUUGAGGAUCCACUAGAUGUCAAGCCAUCAAUGCACCCACCUACACAUACCUCAGUAGGACCUAGUUUUAGAGCAGCAUCUGAUCAGUGCAACACAGAUUUGGAUCCACAGCAGGUGGAGGCAGUGACAACCAAGGUCAGUGACACUCAGAGGAUUGAUGGAGACCAGUCUGAGUCUGAUGACAAGCCUCUGGAAUCAUCCCUCAGAUAUACAAAAGAGCUGCCACCUGUAGCCAGUCUUUCAGCAAGAACGCAUUCUACUUUUAAAGCUGACGAAUUAAUGAUGAGGCUUGGCUCAGCAAGAAACAGGAUAAGUGGUUUAAAAGUGACAGAUGAUAAUCAGACUGCUGUCAUCAUGGCUGUAGAUCUCAAUGUUCAAAUGUGCAUGCAGGCUUUCGUGGCAGUCCAGCAAUCUGUCCUCCGACACAUACUAGAUUUGCUUUUUAUGUUACAGUUGUUGUGGUUGGGAAUGAAUACUUUUCUUUUCGGCCAUACUUUCUUCCUAUAUGAACAAGAGGAAGCAUAUGUUUAUACUCGUGCACUGCUUGGAUCAGCGCUGGCUUGGUCAAGAGCAUCUGCGAUGUGUCUCAACUUAAACUGUCUCCUGAUCCUGCUGCCCAUCAGUCGGAAUCUGAUUUCACUUUUGAGAGGAUCAUGCAGUUGUCGCCGAAGCAAUAUCAGAAGGCAACUGGAUAAAAACAUCAGAUUUCAUCAGAUGGUCGCCUACAUGAUAAUCCUACACACAGUUAUCCAUGUAACUGCACAUUUGUUCAAUAUUGAGCGAUACCACGCAAGUUAUUCACCUGCUGCCAAAGACUUACUGAUCAGACUUUCCAGCAUUGGGGAGAACUCUAGUGAAAGUUACCUCAACCCCAUCAGAACGUAUGAUACGAACCCAAUGAAAGAGCUAUUAAGUAGCACAGCAGGAGUGACUGGCAUCAUUAUUACCGUAGCUUUCGUUCUGAUGGUGACUUCAUCUACACGGGUUAUUAUGAAGUCAUUUUAUGAGGUGUUUUGGUUCACUCACCAUCUUUUCAUUAUAUUCUUUAUUGGUCUCAUCAUUCAUGGUUCAGGGCGCAUUGUUCGAGGACAAACACCUCAGAGUCUUCAGGACCACAAUGUUACAUAUUGCAAAGAUCAUUAUCAAGAAUGGGGAGACAUCCCAGAAUGCCCUUUACCACAAUUUGCUGGAAAUGAACCAGUAACCUGGAAAUGGGUUUUGGGCCCUAUCUUUCUGUACAUUUGUGAAAGAUUCAUUCGGUUUUGCAGAUCUCUGCAGAAAGUUGUGAUUACGAAGGUGAUAGUACAUCCUUCCAGAGUUCUUGAGCUUCAGAUGAAAAAGCAUGGCUUUAAAAUGAAACCCGGUCAGUAUAUCUUCCUGCAUUGUCCUUCAGUAUCACGCUUUGAAUGGCAUCCAUUCACAUUAACCUCUGCCUCUGAAGAAGACCACUUUAGUAUCCACAUGAGAGCGCUGGGAGACUGGACAAGUGCUCUGUAUGAGGCCUGUGGAGCUAAUUUAAGAGGAUUUCAGGAAGCAUGGAAGAUGCCAAGAGUUGCAGUCGAUGGUCCUUUUGGAACUGCCUGUAUAGAUGUAUUCUAUUACAAAGUUAGUGUGUUGAUUGCUACAGGAAUUGGAGUGACCCCCUUUGCUUCUGUAUUGAAAUCCAUUUGGUACAAGUGCAGUCAACCAACAAUGACAAUGAAAGUAGAACGGGUUUAUUUCUAUUGGAUCUGCCGGGACACCCAUUAUUUUGAGUGGUUUGCUAAUCUCUUGCAUUCCCUGGAAAUACAAUUGAUGGAGAGAGGAAAGAGCCACUUUCUGAGCUAUCACAUCUUCCUCACUGGCUGGGAUGAAUACCAGGCUGCUCACAUUGCCUUGCAUGAUGAAGAAAACAAAGAUGUUAUCACUGGACUGAAACAGAAGACUUUCUAUGGCAGGCCAAAUUGGAACAAGGAGUUCAAACACAUAGCUGUUGAUCACCCUGGGGCCAACAUUGGUGUCUUCUUUUGUGGACCCAAGGACCUUUCGAGUGCUCUUCAUACAAUGUGUAAUAUUUAUUCAUCUGCUGAUCCCCAAGGCGUUCAGUUUCACUACAACAAAGAGAAUAUCUAA